UAUAUUUACGCGAACGGGGAGACUUCGGUAAAACGGUGGCAGCGGUCCAGCAGCCACGCUACGGAAAUAGAUUUCGGCUGCGGCAAUGCAACAGCUCCCCUGAAGACGAGCGCCGCCGAGGCAGUCGGAAGCAACCAGUACCGUGACGACCAGUUCCCGAGGAAAACCGGAGAAAUCGCCUCCGCGAGGUCCCACAUGAAUAACCCGGGAGCUGAAAAAUGGCGCCCGAUGGCCAUUUCGAAUCCAUCGACCCGGUUGCGCAUGGCGAGAUCCAUGCCCCAUUGGGUGCUGGCCCAGCAACAGAAGGAAGCGGAUCAGCGACGACGACCACCGACCCCGCCGAAGAUACCGCCGCCGUCGCUCUCCGGGGACUGUGGUGACCCGGACUACGAGAUCAUCGAAUUUCCGACCCGACCGCAAGCGCAAAGGUCCUCGAAGCCGAUCGCGAACGUCCUGAAAUGCGUCCUGUGCGGCACAGAGAAUGUCUUCGCCCGUUGCGACAGCUGCAACGGGAACUACUGCGAGGCCUGCGACGACAUGAACCACAAGCAUCCCAAACGAAAGAGUCACGUCAGACGAAGGAUCCUGACGGACCUUGCGACGAGAACACGGCCGCCGUUGCCGCCGAAAGGGGAAAACGCGUUGAAUCCGCCCCCGAUACCGCCGCCGCGAAGAAACCGCAAGACUCAGGCUAAAUCGACGCAAAACCAGGGACCCACGAAUCUCUCCUUGAUCGAGAGAGUCGGCAGCUUGAAGCGAACACUUCCGAACACGACCAGGCCGCUAUCAGCGACGCUCGACGCGAAAACAGUGUCGAAAUCCACGCAAUCGGUGAACGCGGCGUCCGUCGAGGGACCUGGAUCGGGCACCGACAAAAUGUCCACCCUCCAGGAAAGGUACAGGAAAUAUCAGGAAGCGAUGCGAGCGCAAGACGCGAAUAGGAGAAGGCACACUUCCGGUGACAUUGCCAGAGACACGUUGAACACGAGGCCGAUGAGCAUGGGCAGCCCGAAACCGGCGCCAAUGGUGCCGCCCCCGCCACCCCCGAGAUCUAUGAUACAGUCGGCGAGCGUUUGCGAUUUAUCGUCGCCGCACAUGUGGAAUCCCGGAAUGCACCAGGCCCAAUCCAUGGCUCACCUAGGACCAGGGGGAAUGCCAAUGAUGUGGUACCCGCCUAACGGCCCAUGGGACAUGACCAUGGGCGGUUCCACCAUGAGUCUGAAUCACCCAGCGAUGUGGGGCUACCCCAUGGGGUAUCCUCCUUCCCAAGUACUGCCGCCACACUACCCGGGCCCACACUCGAGGCCCCACAGUCCCGCCAGAAGUCUGAAAUCGAGCAGGAGAUCGAGGGCACCUUCGCCGGCGCCCAGUCUGAAGUCCAGAAAAUCGUUGGCCUCCAGAUCGCGAUCCAGAAGGUCCCAAGGAUCGCCCUCUGACGCGAGUUCCGAGGACUCGGGGGAAUCUGACUUCGACGACAGACUGUCCCGCAGCUCUAGGGGCACCAGGCGUGGCAGCGUGUCCAGGAGUGCCAGACACAGGAGUUACCACGAGGACGACGGCUCCAGGACUCUGUUGACCAGGAACCGUCGCGAGCGACUGAUGUCCGAAGAGAGGAUGCCCAGCACCGAGGAUCAAUGGUCCGAGACCCAUUCGAGCAAACGAUUCUCGACGCCGUCUAGAAAUUUCGACGAGCUACAGAAGAACACUCUGAACGCCCGCAGACGAUACGACCAAGACGAGCGCCGAUUAUCGAAGGUGGAUCCGCGAAUCGAUCGCGUGCAAAACGGCAGCUACCGCGACCGACGAAGGCGCAGCACCGACGAGGACGAGUCCGACCGGAAGUCCGCCCUACCCGCGAGAACCAGAGUCACCAGCUCCUCCGACGAUCACUUCGAGAGGGUCGAGGUGUCGCCGCGAAGAGCAUCCUCCGUGAAAAGGGACACGAGGCUGGACGAUCUCGAGAGAACCUCCCGCAGAGAUUCGCGAAGAUCCUCGAUCGACAGCGACGCGCAAACCUCGAGGAAAACGCCGUCUCGGGAGACGGUCGCCAGGAGAAGCCAGGAAGUCGAGGAGCUCGACAAAGCGGAAGACGAGAGCGUACGAACAACGACGAGGAGUCAACGGAGUCGCGAGCCCUCGCGCGAUCGAGAGACGUUGCAGAAGAGAGAAACUUCGGUUAAGAGAGACGUUUCCGUCGACGAGACGGAGAAGUCGCCUGCCAGGCGAAGUUCCGUCCGGUCGUCUUUGGAUUCGAACGGUCAGAGGGCACGGAAGACACCCUCCCGCGAGGAUAGGGAAACCGAACGACCUGAUAGCAGAAAUCGGGUGUCCGAGGGUCGGGAAAUCAGACGUUCCGUCGAAAAAGAGAAACCGACUCAAGAGAUCUCGCAGAGGAAAACGGAAAGUCCGACCGUGAAACGUCCGGAAGUAACGAUCCCGCUGGAAACGGAAAAGAAACGUGAGGAAGACAACGUACCGUCGAAAGGUGUCCAAGAGCAGCCUUCGAUGAUGGAGAUCCCGAAAGAGGAGUGGGCCUGCGAGCAUUGCACCUUCAUCAACAACGUCAAGGACCGCGUCUGCGUGGUUUGUUGCAAAACAAAGAGCAGCGCGUUACCACCGAGCACCGAAGACACCUUGGAGGAUGUUCAUGGCGGUUUCAGCGAGAUCCCCAAGAGCGAAUCCGCGACGACGUCCAGCAACCUCAGCAACCCCAGCCCCGACCUAGAGAAAAGGGCGAGUCUGUUAAAGAUAUCGAACAGCGAAGAGAGCGGCGACAGUGGAUCCACGAGGAACAAAGAUAUCGCGAGAGUGGAAGAUACGUCUGCAGUCGCGGAGAAUUCGCUUCCGGGAUCCUUGUUGGUAACAAAAGGCGCGACGCCAUUAAUGGCGAACGAUGCGUCAGCGGCUACCGAGAGCACGCAGGACGCUUCCUCGAAAAUAAACGACGCAAAGCGUGCUCUGUCGCCGAUCAAACGACCCACGCCCGGGAAAAUCCCGAAAAGCCAUUCGGUUUCCACCGGAACGUCCCCGCCGCCUCAGAGCAUUUCGACUCAAACGUACGACUACCUUCCAGCGAGAGGAAACGCAGGAUUCGUGAGGGCAGCAUCGGCCUCGAAGAGUCUAUUGUACUACGAAGACAGCGACCCGGAGGAGCAAACCAGGUUCGCGAACAGCCCCGACGACCUGUAUCCCCGCCAGGAGCAGUAUCUGCAACAGCUGAUCGGUGGACCCAGCAGAGAUCGAACGAGACGGAACUCCAUCGACUCGACGCACCUUUAUUAUCGUUCCAGGGAGCCCAGUCAGCCCCGAUACCUCGAGGCGGCCUCCAGUUCCCAGGAAGUUUCAACGUUGACGCGGCAAGGCUUGGAGAUCGUCGAACUUCUACGGGAAGCCGAGAGGCACGGUUAUUCCACCGACGACGUUCAGGUGGCUUUAUCGCAGGGCGCGAGCAACCCGAUCGACUGGCUCAAGGCGCAAUGGCCUCAUUUGGUGGAGACGGUGCAAGUUCUGGCAACCACUCACGGCAAAGAGCUGAAGGAAAACAACGUCGGGACGCUAACCGGCGCCGAGGCGAAAGAGGCGUUGAGAUCGGCCAAGGGCGACGUUUGGAACGCCGUUGCCGUCGCGAUUCAACGCCGACAGCAGAAAUGCGAGGAUAUAAUGAAGAAAGGUAACUUCGCGACGGCGGAAGUCGUGAAAGCGCUCGAGAAUAACGACGGCGCCGAGGACGCGGCAUUAUUCGAGCUACAAAAGAACCAGCUCAAGCCGUUUUUGAUGAGGAUCUGGGGUCCUCCGGUUGGGGUGGAGAACGACGAGGCUGCACCGCGGGAAGAUGCGGCAGGUGCGGUCGGUGGUGGAACGUGUGUUACCGAACAGGUUUCCAACGUGUCGGACUCAGAAGCGAGGAAGCAGGUAAUGUCACCAAUAGUUGAAAAUUUCGUGGCGUUGCAGGCCGACUUUCAAAAGCAACUGGCAGCCCUCAGACAACUGACAGAUAACUGGCAACACGAUAAAGACCCCCUGAACACUCUCGGUAAUAAGCCUGAUCAUCUGUGUGAAGGUAACGCUGACGAUCGAACCGUUCUAAUCGAUAAAACUCUGGUCCCAAGGGCCGCGCUAGACCUCGAUGUAGCCGAGGCCGUUAAAGCGCAGGAGAAACGACGUUCUAUCGGUCCCGACGGAGAAUCCAUGCAAAUAACCUUAGACGAAACUAAGCUAUUGCAAACAUCAGACGAUACCGCGGUCAAAAAAUCCCAUUCGCCUGUAAAUCGCGAUCAAAAUAUAAUCGAGGCAAAAACGCAGCAGGAUUUAUGUAACGGAAAAACAGACGAAACUAAGUCGUUGUCAAAGUCGGACGAUACUGUUAGUAAAAGCUCCGUGACUACUGAAAAUCGCGAUCAAAAUAUAAUCGAGGCAAAAACGCAGCAGGAUUUACGUAACGGAAAAACAGACGAAACUAAGUCGUUGCCAAAGUCGGACGAUACUGUGAUUAAAGGAUCCGUGACUACUGAAAAUCGCGAUCAAAAUGUAAUUGAGGCAAAAACGCAGCAGGAUUUACGUAACGGAAAUGUAGACGAAACUAAGUCAUUGCUAAAAUUAGAUGAUGCUGUGAUUAAAGGAUCCGUGACUACUGAAAAUCGCGAUCAAAAUGUAAUCGAGGCAAAAACGCAGCAGGAUUUACGUAACGGAAAUGUAGACGAAACUAAGUCAUUGCUAAAAUUAGAUGAUGCUGUGAUUAAAGGAUCCGUGACUACUGAAAAUCGCGAUCAAAAUAUAAUCGAGGCAAAAACGCAGCAGGAUUUAUGUAACGGAAAAAGAGACGAAACUAAGUCGUUGCCAAAGUCGGACGAUACUGUGAUUAACGGAUCCGUGACUACUGAAAAUCGCGAUCAAAAUGUAAUUGAGGCAAAAAUACAACAGGAUUUACAUAAUGGAAAUGUAGAUGAAACUAAGUCGUUGCCAAAAUUGAACGAUGCUGUGAUUAAAAAAUCUGUGACUAUUAAAAAUAACGAGCAAAAUAUAAUAGAGGCAAAAACGCAACAGACUUCGGAAAAACAAUUGCCAAAAUCUGACGUUACGAGUGAAAAUCGAAAAUACGAUCAGGACGCUUCCGCGAGUACGGUCGAGGUAAAAACGCAACAGGCUCCGAGGCUCGCGGAGAACUUGUCGGAGCGGGAUUCGCGCGACGAGAGGGUAAAAGAGAUUUCAGAAAUUGAUAAAGACGCGGAGAAUCGAUCGAACGAGUCGCGAGGGAAAAACCUGACCGUGGUGAAGGAUGAAAGCGCCGAUGACAGGACAGAAAACACCAGCGUCGAGAAAGAUAAGCCGUCGACGGGAGUAGAAUCCGAAGCGAGUGACGCGAAAGAAACCGUAGAACGAACGAAGAAUGCCCGUGAAGUAUCUCGGACGAAACUCGAAGAGACACUUCCUCCGCGUGUUAAAGAAACCGAGGAGACUGGAGCUCCUCGUCAAAGGACCGUAGAAGGAGAUAAACCUUCUACUUUGCCUGAAAGCUCGAGCUCCCCUCUGCAAUCUAAUCCGCCGGAGGAUGGUUUGUCGGUACGUAAACACGCGAGCCAAGAUUCGUUGAACCAGAAGGCGAUCGACGCACCGGAACAGCGUCCUCAGCAACGGGCGAUCGACACGGAACCCACGAACGCGACGGAAAAUAAAGAGUCGAGAAACUCGGAGCCCGAGAAGCUACAAUCGGCGUCGAUUACACCGGAAGUGAGUUCCUCGGCGGAAGAAGCCCCGCGGAAAAGUAACGAGACGCACGUAGCCACGGUGGAGGCGUUGAUAUCCGCCGUGAAAUCGCUGCCGGAGCAAUUACUGGGUCCGUUCAUGUCGGCGAUGCAAAAGCUAUCGCCGAGGAGGUCCGCGACGGAGGCGGGGAAUGAGUCCGGAUCCCUCGAAACUCUCGACGAGGACGGUUCCAGCAAAAAUGAGAACGGGAAAGAAGCUGCCGCGAGCGACACAAUGGAGCCCGCGACGACCACGGCCGCCAUCAAAAAGCUGCAGGAACUCGAAACGGUACGUACGAGCGAAAAAGACGCUGUCGCGGUUGGAACUAACGCGAAAGAGAGGAUAACCGAGACGCCAGCGAGCGUGUGCCAAAGAAAAUUUGACGGUAACGAGGUCUCGGAGGAGCCGUCGAAUCGCGAGGCGGAAGCGGCGCCAUUACGGGACGGCGAAACAAAAGGGGCGACGAUAGCCGCGAACAACGCGGUCGAAAGAAUAGCUCGCCGUCUGUUGGCGGAGGGCAAAGCGUCGAACUACGACCAGGCGGAAGUCGCCGCCAGUUUGUUGGCCCUGAAAUUUGGCGACGUUGAGGCCCUCCACGCGGCCAAGGAAUGUUCCAGCGUCGAGUCGGCUCUAGCUUUUCUUCAGCAAGAAUGCGAGCUCUGCACGGGUCGUUUCGCGAUGAGCCAGAUGAUAUCCAUGUUGAAAUGCGUGCACCGUUGUUGCAACGAUUGCGCGAAGAAUUACUUCACGAUCCAGAUCAGCGACAGAAACAUCACGGACGCUGUCUGCCCGUAUUGCAAGGAACCGAAUCUGAAGGAUGCGACCGAGGACGAGGUCCUGGAAUACUUCAGUAACCUGGACAUCCAGCUAAAGACACUUUUAGACCCUCCGAUUCACGAGCUGUUCCAGAGGAAGCUGCGGGACAGAACGCUGAUGCAGGAUCCCAAUUUCAAGUGGUGCAUUCAGUGUUCGAGCGGGUUCUACGCGGAUCCGGAUCAGAAGCGUUUGAUUUGUCCCGAUUGCCGAUCGGUUACGUGCGCCUUCUGUCGAAGACCGUGGGAGAAACAGCACGAAGGAAUUACGUGCGAGCAAUUUGCCGCUUGGAAAGACGAGAACGACCCGGAUUAUCAGGCCGCGGGACUAGCCAAGCACUUGGCGGACAACGGCAUAGAUUGCCCUAAAUGCAAAUUUCGAUACUCCUUGUCCAGGGGAGGUUGUAUGCAUUUCACGUGCAGCCAGUGCAAGUACGAGUUCUGUUGCGGUUGCGGCAAGGCCUUCAUGAUGGGAGCGAAAUGCUCGGUGAGCCAGUACUGCGCUAAACUGGGCCUGCACGCUCAUCAUCCUAGGAAUUGCCUGUUCUAUCUACGCGAUAAGGAGCCCGCGCAGUUGCAACAGUUGCUCAGAGAUAAUGGGAUCGAGUACGACACGGACGGUCCGGCCGGGGAGCGCAAGUGCAAAGUGCAGUUGCAGAAAGAAACUCCCACCGGUGUUGUAGACGCGGUAUGCAAUUCAGACGUCGUCGAGGGCCACGCCGGCUUAUGCAGGAUCCACUACAUCGAAUACCUAAUCCGAAUAAUCCGGAAGACCCAAUUGGAGCCGCUCCCGUUGCUAAACGUGGACGACCUCGAAACGUUCGUGAGACGCGCGGGGUCAAAGUUACCCCCGAAUUGGCAGCACUACAUUGAGUACUUGGCGGGCCUGGUACUGAAGGGCAGGCUGGACCCGGUGGCAAUCUUUGACUUGAACGAUGCCAAGCAAGAGCUGCGCCGUCGGGGAAAAGUUCCCCCUGCGAAGGACCAGGAAAUGUCCGAGCGGGAUUAUCUCGAGGCGUGCAUUCAGGUGGUGCGAAAGGAGAUUCCAUUGGAGUGAUAGAAGAGAAGAUUAAUCAAUAUUCGACUUUGUACGCGAGACUCACACAUUUGACGCAUAUGUUGUAUAGUGUAUUUAUUUUAUUAUGCGGACAGCGAUGUAGAGAGGAAUUUACAAUUGAAGUAAACGAAGAUUAUAAAAGUUGUGUAGUAUUUGAUGUAAAAAACUAAGUCACUCUUAUGGGUAGGAGAGGAGUGGCGGAGAAAUUAUAAUAAAAGAAUGUCGAUUGUUUUGUAAAUGAUGCGUGUUGAAUAUUUUUAACGCAAUAAAAUAACAGUUUAUAGUA